UAACAGUCUGAAAGGGUUCGGAUUCUUGUGGUGUUUUCAUUGUUUUAGCUUUUUUUAGUGCCUCGUCAUGACCAUUUUACCAAAGAAAAAGCAUUCAGAAUCCAAGAAGACUGAUACAAGUUCAAGCAAUGACAACAGAACGCGGAUACGCAAUAAUUCUUCUUGGACUUCUUCCGCUGGCGUUACCGAAAGAAAUCGCUCGACCGAAGAGUAUUCUGGCCAUGGCGAAGAGCAAUACCUAGGAAAUAGUUUUGAGAGUAGAGAAGCGGCUGAUGUAGCUUCUAACACUUCGAAGAGAAGGCAUAGAAGUCCUCCACAUCGACACAAAUAUCAUGAAAGGCACAGUGAAGAAGCGGGAAAUAACAGCUCCGAUGAAUAUGAGUGUACCCAAACCGACCAACCUUUGUCGACCGAAGAGAUGGAGAGACAGUUUGAACAAGCUCUUAAAGAAAAGAAAGGUUUUGUUAUCAAGAAAAUGGCACAAGAUGGUGCUUGUUUAUUUCGAGCGGUUGCUGAACAUGUAUAUGGUGAUCAAGAAAUGCACUCAGUGGUCAGAAGGCACUGUAUGGACUACAUGUUCAAGAAUGAAGACUACUUCUCUCAGUAUGUUACUGAAGACUUUAAAAGCUACAUCAAACGUAAACGUGAAAAUCAUUGCCAUGGAAACCACAUUGAGAUGCAGGCUAUGUGUGAGAUGUAUAACAGGACAAUUGAAGUUUAUCAGUAUAGCACAGAACCCAUAAAUAUUUUCCACAGUUCUUACAAGACUGAUUAUGAACCAAUCCGCCUCAGUUACCACAAUGGUGUGCACUAUAAUGCAGUUCUUAAUCCUAACAAGCCAUCUGUUGGUGUAGGACUUGGACUUUCUGGUUACAAACCAUGGGGCACCCUGGUGAAUGAUGCAUUCAAGCAGUCAGAAGACUGGCAAAUUGAACAGCAAAUGUUAGCGGAUAAACUGCGUUGUACUGACUGGGAAGCAACAAAUGAGGCCAUGGAAGAAGCAGUAGCCAGAGAAUCAUUCUUAGAGUUCCUCAGAGAAAGAGAAAAACGAUCAAGGGGAACUAGAACAUUGCCGUGUUCCAGUCCUACUGCAACCAGCAGUACAUCAACAUGCACUGAGUCUAAGCGUCCAACAUCCCCUCAUCAUAGAGAACGUGAGCGUGAGGCUGCAGAAAGUGCCCCUCCCAGCAAAUCUCCGCGUCAUUCUCCCAGUUCACCCAGGCAUGAGACUUUGGCAAGUGCAUCUUCAUCAGAAACAAAAUCUAGCCCUCCAGCAAGUAAUGCAACGAUGACAUGUACUGUUAGCAGUGUGAAACCAACUUACUACGAUUCCAAGCCGGGAUGUUCGACAGAGUCGUCUAAUCCACCCUCACCCCCUGGGGCUACUGGUGGUUCAGAUGGUCCAAAUUACCUAGACUUCUUACCUCCCAACGGAUAUGGUUUUUCCAAAUGGGAAGACGAAAGUAUUCUGGCAGCUGUCUUAGCAGAGUCUCAAAGAGAAUACUUCGACAAACUUAGAAAGGGUGCUGCAGGGAAAGACAAGAGCAGUGAGGAUGAUUGCAAAUCGUAGCAGUUUUACAAAGAUGAUUCUCAUAGAAGACUAUGUGAAAAACUGUUUAGAUGUGUUAUGCAAUAAUUGUUAUUUUAGUGCAGAUAUAGUUAUUGUUUGUAAAUUGGGUUAUGGUUUGAAAAUUGGGUAACUAGGAUUUUCAGUGUGGUAAAUAUUUUCAAUUCAAGUGUGACACUUGAUUUACAAUGCAAAAUGAACUGUUAAAUGAAUUUGGUUUGUUUGGAAGGAACUUUAGAAGAUCCUUGAAAAGUCCUCUCCAUUUAAAUUACCCUUUCUAGGAAAAAACAUAGUGAUUUAUGUAGUUCAUGUAUAGUGAUUACUUUUCUCAUCUUUCAGUGAUGAUUAUUAUAGACUCAUUCGAUUGAAAUUUUGCCUAAUUCCUUGUCCAGCCCUCGAUCCCUAAAAGGGGCUAGCA